AUGAUCAAAGAAGGAAAUGAAGAAACUGGCGAAAAAGAGCAUGUUUUUUCAGGCUUCUUAAGGUUGCUCGGUUUUGGCCCGAGAAAACUGGGAGCUGUGGUAUUAAACGCCGUAAUUUUUAUUGCUCAACUGAUAAGUACAUCUUUAAAUAAACCUUCACCACCGUAUUUAAUUCAUGAGAGAAAAAUCAAUGAAAAUAACAUGUUUGAAUGGAUCUCAAACAAAUCCGGUAUAUCCGAUCUGUUAACGUAUGCUAAGAGCGAAAAUCUUGUCGACGGUAUUAUAAAACAUAUCAGAGAAAAUAGUUUAGACGAGGAUUCAGGUUGUUUGCAACUUUUGUUUUGCAAAAGCUCGCCGUUUGUUGAAGGAAUGCAGAAAGCUCUUAAUAACGUUCAUACACAAAAAGGGGUCAAAGCGUUCUUUGAGUUUCUACCAAAUAGAACGGAAAUUGUAAGAAAUGGACAAUGGUGUGAAAAGAAAUUUCCAUAUUGUACAGUUCAUUUUUGA